CUGUGGGCGGGGCCCCGUCCCCCCCUUGGCUCUCCUCCAAUCAGAGUCAUUGUUUGCGGGUGCCGCUGCCAGAGCCGCGAGGAGCCCGGACACGGCGGCCAGGAUGGACAGAGUGACAGAAGAAGCCCUCCGCCUCAACCUCCUGAAGAGGGGCCUGGAGCAGCCCGAUGACCGCGAGGAUGUUCUGGCCAAACAGCUGAAGAUGGAAGGCCACGAGGCCAUGGAGAGGCUAAAGAUGUUGGCUCUUCUCAAGAGGAAAGACCUUCCAGGGCUGGAACUGUCGCACGACCACUCUGCCAAGCAGGACGGACUCAAAAUGUACGACGAGAAGAUGAACGGGAACCUGAGGCCCCACGUGGACACCCGGCCGUCCGGAAGGCACGGCAAAGAGAACAUCGAGGAGCCGGUGGACAUGAGCUCCAGACGCGGUGACCCGGACCGGGCCGGACUGACCCCCUCCCCCGAUAUCAUCGUCCUCUCUGAUAACGAGGCCUCCAGUCCGCGCUCCUCCUCCCGAUGUGACGACAAAAUAAAGAUGGCCAACCUGGAGAUGUAUAAGGGGAAGAGCCUGGAGGAGCGGCAGCAGAUGAUUAAGCAGUUGAAGGAGGAGCUUCGGCUGGAGGAGGCGCGGCUUGUGCUGCUGAAGAAGUUACGGCAGAGUCAGCUCCAGAAGGAGAACGUCCUGCAGAAGAAUCCCGCGGCGCAGAACGCGUCAGCCAUCGUCCAGCCGUCUCCCACCCACGUGGGGCAGUCCAGCCUGGCCAAAGUCCCGUCGCGGCCCGGAGCCCCGGGAUUGGAGGUGCAGAAUCUGCGCAGCAUUCAGACUCACAGCGUCAUACGCUCCUCCUCCAACGCCACCUUACCCCACAUGAUGAUGUCACAGAGAGUCAUCGCCCCCAACCCCACCCAGCUCCAGGGCCAGUGUGUGCCGCCCAAAUCCAGCCUGAUCCGGAACAGCACGCCGAGCAUCACACAGGCACUCAACUACCCGCAGCAGUCCACCUCGUCUGUCCAGUGCCAGCGUAACAACGCGUCGGCCAUGUACAUGAACCUCGGCUCCCACAUGCAGGGCGGCAACGUCAACCGAGUGUCUUCCCCUCUGCCCAGCCCCAGCGGGAUGCAGGACCCCGUCAGCUCCCAGGCCGCCGCCAAGCUGGCCCUACGCAAACAGCUGGAGAAAACGCUGCUGGAGAUCCCCCCGCCCAAACCGCCCGCCCCGCUCCUCCACUUCCUGCCCAGCGCCGCCAACAGCGAGUUCAUCUACAUGGUGGGCCUGGAGGAGGUCGUGCAGAGCGUCAUCGACAGCCAGAGCAAAGGCUGCCCCUCGCUGCUUCACAUGGACCCCUUCAGCUGCGCCCAGUGCCGCACCGACUUCACCCCCCACUGGAAGCAAGAAAAGAGCGGCAAGAUCCUGUGCGAGCAGUGCAUGACGUCCAAUCAGAAGAAAGCACUGAAAGCAGAACACACCAACCGACUAAAAAACGCCUUCGUCAAAGCCUUGCAGCAGGAGCAGGAGAUCGAGCAGCGGUUGCAGCACCAGGCCUCCUUAUCACCGGGCACCCCUCCGGCCGUCAGCAAGCAGGAAAGCAUCAUACGGCAUCACUCCAUGAGACCGGAGAAUGGAAUGUGGCAGGGUCUGCCGGGCCCGUGGGGAGGAACCAAUUCCAGACCGCUACACACCCAAAGAAAGGCCGCACAGCCACAGAGCGCGAUGCAGAGAGGAAUGCCCACCGCCCGCUCCAUGCUCUCCAACUUUGCCCAGGCACCACAAUUACCCGUGUCCGGGAGCUUGCUUGGCAUGCCAGGUGUGAACAUCGCGUACCUGAACGCCGGAAUGGGAGGCCACAAACCCGUCACCCUGGCGGACCGGCAGCGAGAGUACCUCCUGGAUAUGAUCCCACCACGUUCCAUAUCGCAGUCCAUCACUGGGCAGAAAUAGCCACAGCUUACCCAACCCCCCCAACCCAACCCAACACCCAACACCCUGCAUCGGACAGACUGGCAGACCUUACCGAGGCCUGGGAUGAGCCAGUCCAACCCCUCCCCCCACCCCCUUUUACCUCCUUCCCUCCAAGAGCAGCUUAUAAAGGGUCAGUGUUUUGUGCUUGUUUUGUCCUCAGACUGGCUUCGCUUUUUAUUUUUAAGAAUAUUUUUGAUUUUUUUUUAUACUUUUUUUUUCUUUUUUGUUGUUUUUUUCUCUCGCUGGUGCCACCUGCAUAGUAUAACUUUAUUUGGAUGACUCCUCCUUCUGGUGGAUGGUAUAAAGCCGAGGGGACCCGAGAUGAUAACCCCCCCUUCGCAAAAAAAAAAAAAGGGGGAGGCGGUGCUAUUCUGCCAGCUGCCGCCCCACCCCAAAAGGGGGAGGGGCAGCCUGUGGUCGACAUACAGUCACCACCUUUCAGAAGCUCUGCAGUGCAGAGUAUUACUUCUCUCCGUUAAACGGACUUGAAAGAAAAAAA